UAGGGACAGUUCGCAGAGCUAUGAGUUUCACUUGCGAACCGUUUAAAGGCAAAUACGCCGACGUAUACGAAAGAGUCACCGGAGUGAAAGACGCCCUUUACGAAAUCAACCCGGGAAAAUAUUUGUGUCGUUUUGUUUACAAAGAUAUGAUUCAAAGAGUGCUGGAAGCUCCCGUUAGGCAGGACGACACUUGGUUGGUCAGCUUUCCUCGGACAGGAUCAACAUGGUGUCAAGAAAUGAUAUGGAUAAUUGGAAAUAACUUAGACUUCGAAACUGCGAAAAAUACUUUGCAGCAAUUCAGGGCACCUUUAAUUGAGGCGUCUGCAAGUUUGUACACAUUUGCUGACCUUUUUAAAGAAAACUUUACUGAUUCUGUGGAAUACGUCAACAAUUUUCCUUCUCCAAGAUUUAUAAAAACUCACCUAACGUAUCGUUUGCUACCUAGCGAAAUUCGUAAGGUAAAGCCAAAAAUAAUAUAUUUAAUGAGGAAUCCGAAAGAUGUGUGCGUUUCUUACUACUUUCACUGCAAAGUCUUACAUGGUUUUAACGUAGAUUUCGAGCUAUUCUGCGAACUGUUCCUAAACAACGCCGUCUGCUAUGGGGGGAUUUUCGACCAUUACAUGGAAUUUUGGAAUAUGCGUCACGAAAGCAACAUUCUCAUCCUACGAUACGAGGAUAUGGUUUCGGAUACCAGAGAAGCAGUAAGGAAAAUAGCUAAGUUUAUGGAAAAAUCGCUUUCCGAGGACGAUAUCACUUCUAUAAUCGAGUUUUUGAGUUUAAAAAACAUGAGAAAAAAUAGAGGUUGUAAUAUGGAGCCUUUUGUGGAGAGCAAAAAUGGACCGGACUUUUACAACAAAAUCGGUAUUCAUUUUGUAAGGCAAGGAAAAGUUGGGGAUUGGAAAAAUUACAUGUCUCAAGAAAUAACUAGAAAGUUUGAUGAAUACAUCGACAAAAAUACUAGAGAAACUGGACUAUCCUUUGAUUAAAUUUCUUUAAAUGCUUUUAAAUACUUGUUAAUGUUUGUACAUUUAUUUUUUUUAAACUGGUGUUCUGGAAAUAAUUGGUUAGAAUUUAGGGAAUAUUCAUAAAACUAAUGAAGUUAUACAGGGUGGUCGCGACAAAAAAGUUAUGUCGUUUUUAACACAU